UUAUUGAGCGUUCACUUGCCAGCUUGACUGUCGUGGACCAGAUUCCUUUGCAACAGCGUAUUACAGUGAGAAGGCUCACAUUCAGAAUAACAUAAGGUUAAAUUUAUUCUUCUGUUUGUGACAAUCUCGAUUAUUUUGUGUUAUGGCUGAUCCGGGUCUAAUGUUCAGAGUUGACAUCAGUGGAGAAGAGGAGACAUCAAGAAGAUGCCAGUUGAAGGGAAGGUACAUCUUUGGGGUGAAGAACUCAAGUUUGUGCCUGUACGACAUCACAUCCAACCACGUUCUUUAUGAAUGGCCGUACGUUUACAUCCGAAGAUUUGGGAAAAAGAGGAAGGCAUUCUAUUUUGAAGCAGGACGAAGAUGUACAUCUGGUGAAGGUGUUUUCACUUUGGAAACAGAACAAAAUAUUCAAAUUUUUCAUGCUGCUAAAGAAAAAACGACAUGGAAAGCAGCCAAAGAACAUGCUGUAUUGUCAGGGGACAUAUUGGACGGAUGUGCUCACAUUCCAACUGACAAGAAUCUGGGCACUGUGGAACAGAAAUCUGUCGGAGCUGACGAAAGUGAUCACACGUACGUGAACAUCAGCAGUGCGAUAAAGGGACGAGGCCUUGGGGGACUUCACGAGGAUAAGGUUGUCGGUGUUUACAGUGAACCAGACAUCACGGGGACAUACUUAACGGCAGUUCCAGGGAAAAUCACGGGGACAUACUUAACGGCAGUUCCAGGGAAAAUCACGGGGACAUACUUAACGGCAGUUCCGGGGAAACAGGAGUACCGAAGAGCAAUUUCAAAUGAUGACACCCGUGGUGUGAUCUCUUCCCAAUCGGAUAUGGACCACAUUUACAGCGAACCGUACAGCACAUAGACUGUGGUAAAUAACGAAUGGUUCUCUUGAUGAAACAACACUGGCAUGUUUUCAUAUGAGAAACGUUGUGGGAAGUUAUAUCAGUAAACAGUUGGAACGGGUGACACAGUCGUCUAAGAUGAAUUGCGAGACAGAGGGGAAUACUUAAUCAUGCUGGACUGGCACUGAUCUUGUUGACAUAUUUACUGGUUGCUUGGAAAGACAUUAUGGUUUCACUAUAGACGAGCUUUUAUGGGUCUAAUCCUUAAUGAGUCUAAAUUGAAGUAUUUGCUGAAUGUUCAAUUCAAUUCGGUUUAUUUCGUAAGUGUAGGCCAUCGGCCCAUAGUUACAUUUGUAUUACAAUGAACGUGAUGUACACAGCUGUUAUUGUUGUGACAAUAAUGUACUACGAAGUGACAUCGCUUGAUAGAUAUAGAUAGCUAGACGUUCAAUUAAUUUACAAUCAGUUGUAGACAUAAUGAUAUUAAAUUUUUGUAUGGUCG